AUGAAUAAGGAAGUGUGUAAUAUGUUCUUUGCUGUAAGAGGUUGGUUUCCCGAUGAAUUGGAUAACGGAAAUUAUCAAUUUAAUGAUAAUAAUCAAUACAAACAGCAUUUUAAUAAAGAGACAUAUACUGAUAACGAUAAAAUUAACGGUUUGUGUUUAUGGUUGUUUCAAGCAAUUUUUGGAAAUUCUGUUUCGUUCAAGAAGUAUGCAAACAGUAAUAUCAAUGUUGUUGUAUACAUUUUGGUGUGGUUAAGUUAUAAGUUAAAUCAAAAAACAGAUAACGGAAUCACUAAAUUGAUGGAUUUCUAUACUGGACAUAUGCAAAAUGUUAAUGAGUAUCAAAAACCUAUAGACGAUACUGGUGCUUAUAAUAGUUAUUAUGAUCUUAUGAAUAAAAAAAAGUAUUUGAUGGAAAUGAAUAUUAAAUAUAUAUCUAAAUUUUAUGACGCAUUUAAAUCAUUAUGUGAAAUGUAUACUGAAUUUGAUGAAGACAAUCCAAAAUGCGAGAAAUAUUUGGAAGGUGAUAAUGAAUUUGUUAAAAAAUAUGAUCAACUUAAGAAAGAUUCGGAUAUUAAUGAAGACGACGCAUAUAGUCAAAUAUUUUCUAUAUUAUCAAAUGAUUAUGAUAAUUUAAAAAAUAAAUGUUAUUAUUUUCCACCUCUUCUAACUUAUUCACUAAUUUCAAUUGCACUUAUAUUUGUUGCAAUACCAAUUUUUUUGGGAAUUUCUUAUAAGUAUUCAUUAUUUGGAUUUCGGAAACGAUUUCAAAAACAAAAAUUAAGAGAAAAAAUAAAAAAUAUAAUGAAGAAAAUGAUUCAUUAA